AUGCUCGAUAGCACCAUGUCGGAUCCCCUACCAAUUGCCAUCGACCCCGUGGCUUUGGUGACAACAGAAUGCAUCACCGUCACUUCCUCCAUGCGGAAGCAUGCCCGCUGGGCGCACUCCUCCGUCUCCGCCAUACUGGGCGGUAAUGGAGGCUCGCGAGUCUAUGAACGGGAUACCUCAGCGCCCCCGAGCCCACGCAAGAGCGGACAGUCUACCCGCGGUGACGAAGAUCAUGCUCUGGCAAACCGAUGGGGUCUCCGAGGCAAGAAGGGCAAGAGCAUGCAGGACAACCCGUUGAUAUCGGCUUUCACUCGCCUUCGCAGUGACCUCAAGGGCUGCAAGGACAUUCGCGCAUUCGAUACGCCUGCCCUCCUUCAUCCAUUCCUCCAAGUCGUUCGCUCCUCCUCGACCUCCGCCGCAAUCACCUCCCUCGCCUUGGUUGCCAUCACCAAGUUCUUCUCUUACAACAUCAUCAAUCGCGACUCGCCUCGACUUCCGAUGGCAAUGCAGCUGCUGUCCGCCGCAAUUACACACUGUCGAUUCGAAGCAAGUGACUCAUCGGCGGAUGAGAUCGUCCUGCUGAGGAUUUUAAAGUUGAUGGAAGGCAUGCUCUCUCGUCCGGAGGGAGAAUUGCUGGGCGACGAAAGCGUGUGCGAGAUGAUGGAGACAGGAUUGAGCAUGUGCUGUCAGGGCCGCCUAUCGGAAGUGUUGCGGCGGUCUGCAGAGAUGGCCAUGGUGAAUAUGUGCCAAGUCAUCUUCACACGAUUGACACAAUUAGACGAUGAAAUACCGCAAGGGCCAGCUCCAUUCGCGGACGAAACCUCCGAAAAAGAUACAUCAACUCUAAAGAUGGAUCCAUCAGUGAAUGGUGAUACAGUGACCUCGCAACACCAGUCCGCCAUCAGUGCAGACACCGCAGCUCCGGAGCGGAACAGCUCGAGCCGAGAGGGGACCCCAGAACAGUCGGGCAAUGGGAGUGCUGCUGCUGCUGCACCCCCAAGUCUCCAGGAUGACUACAACGGCGAUGUGCAGCCGUACUCUUUACCAUCUAUUAGAGAGCUAUUCCGGGUAUUGAUCGAUCUCCUUGACCCUCACAAUCGUCAGCAUACCGACACGAUGAGAGUCAUGGCCCUUCGAAUCAUUGAUGUCGCCUUAGAAGUGGCUGGACCGUCUAUCGCUCGGCAUCCCAGCUUGGCUGCUCUGGCUCGAGACGAUCUCUGUCGUUAUCUCUUCCAGUUGGUUCGCUCAGAACAGUUGGCAAUUCUCACCAGCUCCCUGAGAGUCGCUGGUACAUUGCUGUCGACAUGUCGGCCUGUACUGAAGCUUCAGCAAGAGCUCUAUCUCUCGUACCUGGUGGCAUGUCUUCAUCCCCGAGUCGAGAUUCCCCAAGAAUCUGGUAUCGACCCAUCGUUAUACGAAGGAGUUCCUCAGGUUCCGAAGCUAGUGAAGCAGCCAGCUUCCCAAACCAACAGCGGCAGGUCAACACCGGUUCCUGUCAAGGAUCGACAAAAGCUGGGACUGGAGGGUGGGUCACGUAAACCAGAAGUUCGGGAGGCAAUGGUCGAAAGCAUCGGUGUUCUAUCACGUAUCCCCAGCUUUAUGGUUGAGCUUUUUGUCAACUAUGACUGCGAAGUUGAUCGGGCAGACCUGUGUGAGGAUAUGAUUGGACUGCUCUCUCGGAAUGCCUUUCCUGACUCCGCAACGUGGAGUACGACGAACGUUCCACCUUUAUGCCUGGAUGCCUUGCUUGGCUACGUGCAAUUCAUCUAUGACCGUCUAGACGAUGAGCCGGUGCAGGGAGACUAUCCUCCGCAGGAACGCCUUCGAAGCCAAAGACAAACUAAGAAACUUAUUAUCAAAGGAGCUUCAAUGUUCAAUGAAAACCCCAAGGCUGGUAUUGCCUACCUUACCGAACAUGGAAUCAUCGAAGACUCGAAAAACCCUGUCCUGGUUGCCCGCUUCCUGAAGGGGACUGGUCGCCUGUCAAAGAAGGUAUUGGGUGAAUUUAUUUCGAAGCGUGAUAACGAGGAAUUGCUUGGAGCCUUUGUGGAUCUCUUGGACUUCUCAGGGAGAAAUGUGGUUGAAGCCCUUCGAGAGUUGCUCAGCUCAUUCCGUUUGCCGGGUGAAUCACCCUUAAUUGAAAGGAUCGUGACAACCUUUUCGGAACACUACACCGAGAAGGCAAAACCAGAGGGUGUUGCUGACAAGGACGCUCUCUACAUCUUGACAUAUGCAAUUAUCAUGCUGAACACCGAGCUCUACAACCCUAAUGUUAAGUCUCAAAAUCGCAUGUCAUUCCCUGCUUUUGCUAGGAACUUGCGAGGAGUUAAUGGAGGCGGUGAUUUCACAGAAGAAUUUCUCCAGGAGAUUUAUGAUUCGAUCAAAACAAACGAGAUCAUUCUCCCCGAUGAACAUGAAAACAAGCAUGCGUUCGAUUAUGCCUGGAAAGAGAUGCUUUUGAAGUCCGCUGGCGCCGGCGAGAUGGUAGUGGGCGAGACCAACGUCUACGACGCGGAGAUGUUCGAAGCGACUUGGCGUCCUGUUGUCGCUACUCUGUCCUAUGUUUUUAUGUCCGCUUCCGAUGAUGCUGUCUAUUCCCGAGUUGUGAAUGGUUUUGACCAAUGUGCCCAGAUUGCAGCUCGUUACGGGUUGACAGAGGCCUUUGACCGCAUCAUCUCCUCGCUGUCAUCUAUCAGUACCUUGGCAACCAGCAAGCCGCCAAGCACCGCACUCAAUACCGAAGUACAAGCUGGUCAAAAGAGCGUCAUGGUGAGCGAGUUGGCUGUUAAGUUUGGAAGAGAUUUCCGCGCGCAAUUGGCGACUGUUGUCCUCUUCCGAGUCCUGCUGGGCAACGAGUCUACUCCCAAACAAGGCUGGGAGCAUGUUACUCGCAUUCUCAGCAAUUUGUUCAUAAAUUCUCUCAUUCCACCAUUUGACUCCCAGCUCACAGCUGAGCUGGAAGUUUCUCCCAUUCCUCUGCAACCGCCGUCACAGGUCGUCGAUCGGGACGGGCGAGGAAACGACAGCGGCUUAUUGUCUGCGUUUACAUCCUACCUCUCAAGCUAUGCUGCCGAUGAUCCACCCGAGCCCUCUGAUGAAGAGCUGGACAAUACUCUAUGCACAGUGGAUUGCGUAACUUCCUGCUCGAUUCCCGAAAUCCUGAUCAAUAUCAAAUCACUUCCCAUUCCUUCACUGCAAACGCUCGUGGAGGCAUUGUUGUCUCAGCUUCCCGAAGAUAACGCGCCUGCUGUGAUUGUGGUGAAGCCGGAGCGACCAAGUCCCGUGAUAAGAAAUUCAAAUAGCCGGGUUGAUCCAAAUCAACCCAAGUAUGAUCCUUCGAUGAUAUUCGUGCUAGAGCUGGCGACUAUUCUUACCCUUCGUGAUGAGAAAACUCUCGAAUCUCUCGGCGAAACACUAGCGACUACUCUUCAGAACCUGAUUCGCGACGCGAAGAAUCUGCACCCACUAACUGUGUCCCGAAUCGUUUCGUACCUGCUCAAUCUACUACGUCUGAGUCAUGACCAACACUUCUUGCGAGUUCCUGUUGUUCUUCACGCCAUUUCCGGGUACGAUCAGGAUAUAUUGGACAUUGUGGCUGUAUCAACUGUCAAGGGACUCUCGAGGUGCAUUGCGCACCCCGGACGCCUGAGGAACGAAAUUACUAUCUCACCCGAUUUCUGGUCAAUCUUGCAAAGAUUGCACCAGCAUGAAGAGGCCGGUCCUAUGGUGUUUGAAUUGCUUCGGAGCAUUAUUGACUCAAUGCCGGAUAUCGUCACAGCGGACAAUUACGAGUCUACUGUCAGCCUGGCGAAUGACUUUGUUAGUGCAGGACACGUAGGCUCUCUGGACGAGCGACAGAGAGAUGCCCAGGGACGGCGGAUCAAGGGUAUCAAGCAGCCCAAAUCUAGUGCCAGUGAGAACCAAGUCGUAAAACGCGGCACCAAAGCCAUUGGCCUGAUUUAUCAUCUAACUGGGCGGGUCCCUACGCUCAUCAAACAGUCUCACCUGGAAGCGCGCGAGGCCUGGGCGGCAUAUUGGUCUCCUAUCUUUCAGUCUCUGAGAAGUCAAUGCACCAACCCUUGUCGCGACAUUCGCCACAAUGCCGUGUCCACAUUGCAACGCGCUCUUUUGUCGGCCGAGUUGAUCUCCAGCGAUGACAAGGAGUGGACAAGUAUUUUUGACGAGGUUCUUUUCCCGCUGGUCUUGCAUCUUCUCAAACCCGAGGUCUAUCACUCUGAUCCCAUUGGAAUGGCCGAGACUCGGGUCCAAGCGGCCACUUUGGUAUGCAAGAUUUUCUUGCGCUUCCUCGACCAAUUGCCAAACAAAGAAGGCAUGCUUCCUCUCUGGUUGCGAAUCCUGGAUAUCCUCGAUCGGAUGAUGAAUAGCGGUCAAACAGAAAGCUUGGAGGAAGCGAUUCCCGAAAGCCUGAAAAACAUUCUCCUUGUGAUGGCCGACGGAGGCUAUCUUGUUUCACCGUCUCAAGAUCCGAGCAAAGAGGAAAUGUGGAACGAGACUCGCAAGCGUCUGGGUCGUUUCCUGCCCGAUCUCUUCUCUGAGAUCUUCCCAGACGCAGGCAAGGCGCCAGAGAAGUCUCAGCCAAGCUCUGUUAUCUCAUCUCCACCUCAGCCAAGCAGUGAGGCUGGAAAGAAAGGUGAGGAGGCGGCUCCCGCGUCGAACGAAGCCGGUGAAGUUGUCCAAGAGGGUGAACGCUCCGAGAAGGCCCCACCUUCUGACGAUGAUUGCACCUCGUCCUAA